AAUGGUAGAGUUUUAUUUAUUAGAAUGGUAAUUUAAAAUUGUAAUAAAUACUAAUUACUACAGAUAUUUAUAAUUUGUGGAGUGUUUAACUGAAUUUUCAUAUCAAUCGAGUCCAAUCAGAGAAUAUUUUUGUUUUAGUAUCAGUACGGGACACCGACGGACCAUGUUUACGUUUUUGGAGUCGAGUACAUUGUCAAGGAAAAUGAAACUUGCAGCAAGAAUGGAAACUGGACUGCUUGAGAUCAAAAGCAAGUUUGACGCUGAGUUCAGAAGAUUCUCAAUAGAUUUGAAAAAGGAUUGGUCACUUGAAAGCUUUCAGAAUUUCGUUCGUGAUGUGCACAGGCUCCAUAAUAUACCUUUCGAUUUAACAUACACCGACCACGAAGGUGACCUGCUACCACUGAACAAUGAGGAGAAUUUUCACCAUGCCCUAAACGUAUGCAGACCUCUUCUAAGACUGGUCGUACAACACAAAGGAUCACUACAAUAUGGCUAUGGCACAGUUGCACAUGGUCGCAAGAAUAUCAUCAGUCGAUUAUUAGAAGGUGACCAUCAAGUUAAAAACUACCCAUGCAAAAAUAUCAGCCAACCUGAAAAUUUUAGGUGUGUGUCUGCAAUAAUAGAUGUUGACAUUCUGCCUGCCACUCAGCGUCGCGUCAAGUUGAUGAAGAGUCAGUCGGAUAAACCGCUAGGAUUUUUUGUACGUGAUGGUUACAGCAUCCAUCCAACGUCUACUGGACAAUUGGAGAGAAUUCCUGGUAUCUUCAUAUCUCGUUUGGUUCCUGGGGGCCUGGCAGCCAGCACUGGAUUGUUGGCCGUGAAUGAUGAAGUUCUGGAGGUCAAUGGUAUUGAAGUGGCUGGGAAGACACUUGAUCAGGUGACAGACAUGAUGGUAGCGAAUAGUAGCAACCUCAUCAUCACCAUCAAACCUUGCAACCAACACACAAACAUCAAGAUGAAU